AUGUUGAUUGGAUUACUAUUUCUCCUCAUUGAUACAUGGGUGAUAAUUUGGCUUAUCAUUCGAAAUAUCAUUCACAAAAUUACACCCUUUUCUAAUGGUGCUCGUACAAAAGAUGGUAGUCCGGUGCUUAUAUUUCCGGACAGCAGAUCUCAAUUAGCCGAAGUGGAACUUGAUCUUCUCAUUUCCUAUCUUCUUCAAAUACCACCACUUGAAGAAGAGCAGAAAAGUUAUGUAAUUGUUAUUGAUAGACGUAUGGAUAAGUGGUCAUCCGUACGUCUAUUACUUUCUUAUCUAACGAAUUCAUUUCCAAGACCGGUUCGGAUUGUACUUAUAUUAAAACCGGAAAGUGUAUUGCAGCGUGCACUCGAAGUGGGAUACCGUGGAAUCACUGAAAAUUAUAAAUUUAAGGUGGUGAUUUGUCAGAGUUCACUUGAACUCCGCCGCUAUAUUGGGCCAGAUUGUUUGACAAUGGAUGUCGGUGGCGUACUAAAAUAUAAUCAUUUAGAAUGGGUCCAACAUCGUAUGGAUAUCGAACGGAUGAAAUCAUCUGCAACAGUAAUUGCUCAAUCAUUAAGCGAAUUUGGUCGUUGCCUAAAAGAAACAGAACUUCCCAAUGAUGUCGAGACAACAGCACGUAUUCUUGAGAUACAAACUGCAGAACGUGAUGCUAUAAAGGAAGACUUUCGAAUAUCUAUACGAAAAGGAUUAUCAUUAUUACGACAUGUCAGACAAAUGGAUGUUAAGCCGGAACAUGAGCAACUUAGUCCAACCAGGCUUCAUAAUGUAACAGCAAUUGAAAGAAUGCUUAUACAAUUGGAAGAAACAGAACGAAGUUUCGAUACAUUCUGGAUGAAACACGAAAAACGUCUUACGCAAUGUUUAAAACUUCGACGGUUUGAAGAUUCAUUUAGGAAACUACAAUCAGCAUUUGCAAAGCAUAUGAUCCAUCUGGAAGAGCAUCGAGAAGUUGGUGAUGGAGUGAGAAAAGCUGAACAAUUAGCGCAAGCGCAUGCUGAAUAUUGUCAACAAGCUAUGGAAGACGUGGAUGGAGCACGUUUAUUACGAGAUGCAGGACAAGAGCUAAUCUCAUCACAGGAUGUUGAAUUAACAGCAAGUUUGUUACCAAAAUGUGAUGAACUGGAUCGUAUGGCCGAUGCAUUAAGCGGCGCACUUGAACGACGUAGCCAAGUGCUACGACUAAGCAAGGACAUGCAUCAACAAAUACAUGCAGCGAAUAAUUGGUGUCAUCGUGGUGUUGAACUGUUGACGACAAUACCAUAUGACUGUACAGCGGGUAAUGCUGCCAGUGCAUUAACAACCGUUGACAAAUAUAUCGAAGAAGGCGAAUCAUUGAAGUUGGAUAUUUUUAAUAAUGAGCCAAAUUUAAACAAAUUGAUAAUGCUCACAACAACUGAAACAUCUACAUUACUUGCACAGGUUGCUGAACGUAUCGAUGAUAUGCGACAUUUAAGCAUUUCUCGACGUGAUGCAUUACAAAAGAUGGCACUGCGAGAAAUUCGAAAACCACCUGUUCAGGUUGUUAGUCCCGAAAAAUUACAAUGCUCUAACGGUGACCAAUGUUGCACAACUAUUAGCACAACUACCAUUAAUAGGAAUUCAUCUCCAACAUCACCGAAUAAAGUAUCAUUUUGA